AAGCACUUCAUUAGGCGCCGAAACGGAGACAAACCGGGGGCGAAGUUAAUAUUGGUCGGCGUGACAAAUAUCGUCAUUUGCAAACUAAUUUCCGGCAAGAACGUCCCCGAGUCACUCGCCUUUAUACAAUACAGCCGUUAUUUUUUUCAGAACCUCUAUUUUCUUCCUCGACUGUACAACUAUCCGAUGCAGGCUGCACGACAUGUCCGUCUUAUGUCCACGAGCAGGUCGCUUGUCCGCUCUCACGUGCAUGCACAAAAACACUUCUUGACGGCUUCGACUUCCAGAGCCCAAUCAAGUUCUGUAGCCUCGACGGGCGCCGCUGCGUCACAGACUUCACCACCACCGCCGUCUCAAGGGAGAUGGAGAUCUUUUUUGCAGACUCUGGGACGUGUGACACUCGUAACAGUGAUCGGAGCUUCCGCAACCUUCUACUACAUCGCACAUAAGGAAAAAAACCCGGGGCCACAGCUCCCGUUUGAUCCCUCAAAGAAGACUCUGGUCAUCUUAGGCAGCGGUUGGGGAGCGACGAGCCUCCUUAAAGGGCUUGACACCGGCGAUUAUAACACUAUUGUUGUCUCCCCAAAGAACUUCUUCCUCUUCACGCCUCUCCUUCCCUCCGUGGCAGUUGGUACGCUGAACGCACGAUCUAUCCUCCAGCCUACUCGCUACCUGACCCGACACAAAGAACGUCAGGUUUUAGUCAUUGAAGCAGAGGCCAAGGAAGUUGACCCGGUUAACAAAACUGUUACGCUCUCAGAUGACUCUGAGAUCCAAGGUCAAAUAUCCAGCACGACCAUACCGUACGAUUAUCUUGUAUAUGCUGUCGGUGCCGAGACGCAGACAUUUGGUAUUCCUGGUGUGAAGGAGCAUGCAUGCUUCAUGAAAGAGCUGCAUGAUGCUGAGAAGAUGCAAAGACGUUUUUUGGACUGCGUAGAGAGUGCUGCUUUCCCAGGCCAAAGUGAUGAGGAGAAAGACCGGUUGUUGCAUAUGGUUGUGGUAGGCGGUGGACCAACGGGUAUUGAACUUAGUGGUGAACUUCGUGACUUCCUCGAGGAGGAUCUCAAGUCAUGGUACCCAGAGCUUGCCUCACGGAUCCGCAUCACGCUGGUCGAGGCUCUUCCCAAUGUUCUUCCCUCGUUCAGCAAGGAGCUGAUUGCCUAUACUGAGCGCACGUUCAAGGAGUCCGACAUCGAAAUCCUCACGAAGACUAUGGUGAGGAAGGUCAACGAGAAGAGCGUUGUUCUCAAGGGUCCCGAUGGUGUCGAACGGGAGGUGCCGUGCGGGAUGGUUGUCUGGGCUGCUGGCAACACUAGUCGCCAAAUAACACGGGAUCUGAUGGCGAAGCUCCCUGAAGAUCAGACGAAUAAGCGCGGAAUUACCUUCGAUGAUCACCUCCGCAUGAAGGGAGCUCGCGAUAUCUUCGCUAUCGGUGAUUGUACGACCUCAUCUUACGCUCCAACUGCCCAGGUCGCAAGCCAGCAGGGUUCAUACCUCUCGCGCGUGUUCAAGUUGCUUGCGAAGAAAGACAAACUCGAGGCCGACCUGUCUCAUGCUGAGACCAGCGAAGGGGCAGAGAAACUGAAGAGGCAGAUAGACAAGAUCAAAUUGAAGCCUUUCCAUUACAGUCAUCAAGGAUCGUUGGCUUACAUCGGCUCGGACAAGGCAAUUGCUGACCUGCCUAUCUUCGGGCGUGAGUGGACGAGCGGAGGUGUUGCGACGUUCAUGUUCUGGCGGAGUGCAUACCUGAGCACUCUAUUCUCCCUGCGAAAUCGAAGCCUGGUUGCUGGAGACUGGGUAAGGGUGAAGUUAUGGGGACGGGACGUGAGCCGGGACUGAAGGCUGAGCAUGAACACUCACGACUAGCGAACUCGACAGGAUGGACCAUCAACAUCGCAUUUCUAGACAUAGACUAUAGAGACACAUUUAUUCCCCCUGUUUAUCAUUUAAGGUACAUAAUCGCAUCUGCAAUUUUACCUGUCUCUCCUCCAGCCACACAUUUGAGUGCGCCUUCUAUUCCUUCGCGUUUUUUGUCAUCUUUGCGUACCCUGCGUGGCCAUGGUCUUCGUCGUAUGUACUUAUUGGGGAUGGGUAUUGACCGGAUUUAUAGAGGUAGUCUCCCCGGCUCCAAAUGCAUGCGUUUAAUUUCCUCUACUCUUGUCCGCAACUUGUCUGGCAAAUUACGUUUUAUCGAUCGAUCACAUUCUUGCGUCGGGUUUGACUCCAUGCUUACCACUUGGCU